AUGAUAAUUGUUGAAGCAAGCCCAAACCCCACUGACGAUAAAGGCAACGGUCAGAGGUCAGGACUCCACGAGGGCUCAAGUAAUAUUCCGGGGCCAUCGCCACCCCCUCCUUAUACUUACCAGACAUCUUAUCAACCCGUAACGGAGGUAGUGGUAGUCGAAUAUCGCCAGUCACCUGCACAACGUUUCUGGAAAGCAUUUGUUGUUGCUGUACUCAUUUGGUUCCUCAUCGCUGCAUUCACAUCUUCCACCCGCAUGGCCUUCAAUCAUGGAUCUCAACUCUUCCAGAACGGUGAGCCACCUCAUCCUGGCUCACUAGAUGGCACCGUCCACCAAUGCAUCAGUGGCUCCAACUGGACAUUGUCCCACCGAGGCUUGAACCAAUUUCCCCAUAGCGCCGAAGCAUUCCUAGAGCUCCCCGUCGACUCUGAUGCACUCUACCUGUUCACGAGGGGCUCUCAGCAAUCCGGUCAUGUUGAUGUCGUGCAAUCCACUCAGCCGACAGAUAAAGUUAUUGUCCACGUACGGGUUGGCUAUCUCGCUCGCUCAGCGCUAGACCAUGUCAAUGUCUGUCGUCUCGAACGAAAGACAAAUGAGAAUGGCAUUGGUAUCCUUACGCCCACAUCCUGGUACUUCCCUGGCAUUGGACAACAGCUGAGAUUUGAAGUGAAGAUCACGCUUCCCGCCGGGAACAAUGGAGAUUCUCUGUACAUCAAAUCAUUCGAGACGGAGACAUCCAAUUACAGUCAAGAUGUUGCAGAUGUCUGGAACACCAUUUCCUUCGAUAGAAUAUCACUCAGAACAUCGAAUGCUAAUGUGAAUGCAAAGUCUGUCACCGCUGAGGAUGGUUCGAUCCGCUCUAGCAAUGGUGCCAUCAGAGGCCAUUUCAAUUGUGCCUCUUCUCUGAAGCUCACAACUUCGAAUGGCCCAAUCCAAGCGUCUGUUUCACUUUUCAACCGAGAGGAUGGAACUGUCAGUGAGCUCAAGAUGACAACAAGUAACAGUAAAAUUGAUGCCAAUGUUGAUCUUGUCACACACUCUGGCCAUGGCGGUAUCUUCGAUGUCGAAACGCAUACUUCGAAUGGGCGCGUCGCCCUUGAAUACACCGACAUACCUGUCGACUCAAUUCUCAGGUCGGAAACCCGCUCUUCUAAUGCGGCAACGAGCGUCAAGUUGUACAGCACUUUCGAGGGCUCGUUUGACGUAGAGACUUCCAACUCAGCAGCCACGUUCAAGGAGUUACCUGUUGAGGAUCCCUCUGGACAAGGACGUCGGAGGGAGGUGACUCAGAGACGAGAGAGAUAUCGCCUCCGAGGGUCUGCCCACUGGGGCGACUCGGAGAACCGAAAGAUCGAAGGGUAUGCUACGGUCAAAACAUCCAAUGGUCGUGCGGAAUUAGUGAUCUGA